AUGUGACGUUUCGUAAAUUUUUCACUCUUUCCUUUCGGCCAUUUUUGCCGAAAGUUUGGUGUUCAGUUUGGGUCGCGAAUCUUUUCGUGGCCUAUAGAUCACUGUAUUAAAAUCUAAUCAAGAUGGUGCAGAAGAAGCCGAAGAAGAAGGUUGGAAAGAAGGUAGCCGCCGCUCCUUUGGUGGUGAAAAAAGUUGAACCCAAGAAGUUUGUAAACCCUCUCUUCGAGAAGAGGACAAAGAAUUUUGCUAUUGGUCAGGAUAUCCAGCCGACUCGUGAUCUGUCAAGAUUUGUCCGAUGGCCCAAGUACAUCCGCAUCCAGCGCCAAAAGGCUGUGCUGCAGCGCAGGUUGAAGGUGCCUCCGCCAAUCAACCAGUUCACGCAGACCCUUGACAAGACUACAGCAAAGGGUCUGUUCAAAAUCCUGGAGAAGUACAGACCAGAAACCACCGCUGCUAGGAAAGACCGCCUAAGGAAAGCUGCUGAAGCCAAGGUGGCGAAGAAAGAUGAGCCUCCACCAAAGAGGCCUAACACCAUCCGCUCUGGCACCAACACAGUGACCAAGCUGGUGGAAAAGAAGAAGGCACAGCUUGUCGUCAUCGCGCACGAUGUUGACCCCAUUGAGCUAGUACUGUUCUUGCCAGCGCUGUGCCGCAAAAUGGGAGUGCCUUACUGCAUUGUCAAGGGCAAGUCCCGCCUAGGAGCUCUUGUACACCGCAAGACCUGCACAUGCUUGGCGCUUACCAACGUGGAGUCCGGAGACCGUGCAUCGUUCACGAAGGUCGUAGAAGCGAUCAGGACGAACUUCAACGAGCGCUACGAGGAACUGCGCAAGCACUGGGGCGGCGGCGCGCUCGGCAACAAGUCGAACGCGCGCAUCGCGAAGCUCGAGAAGGCCAAGGCGCGUGAGCUCGCGCAGAAGCAAGGCUGAGCUAAUAAACUUUAACACCUAA